AUGAAUUUUAAUCAACCUCCCAUGCAGAGUGGUUUCCAAGACACCACCUUGAAGCCUUCUCCAAAACGCAUCGUUAUUUGCUGCGAUGGCACAUGGCAGUCGUCCGUUACUAACGUAGACAAUGUUCCGUCAAACAUAACCCGGAUCGCACGAUACCUCCUUAAGGUCGGCAAGGAUACAAAAGGCGAGCAAUGGCAGCAGCUUGUUUACUACGAUGCCGGCAUUGGUACAGGUGCUAGCUCCGUUGAAGCCGCCCGAGAAGGUAUGACGGGCUCUGGUUUUGUUGGCAAUGUCAUUGAGGCGUACAACUUCAUUGCAUUGAACUACAAUCCCGGUGAUCAGAUCUUCUGCUUCGGAUUCUCGCGUGGCGCCUAUACAGCGCGUGCUGUUGCUGGGUUAGUCACAGACAUCGGCAUUGUCAAGCCGCGAGAUAUGCAGGACUUUCCGGAACUGUACCGUACCUAUCAGCGCUACAAGGACAGCAACAUGUUCAGAAAGUCAAAGGCAUGGCGCGAAUGGGUCAACGGCGUGCGCCUCUUCGAUACAGCUCAGAAAAACCUUCCUGAAGGAUUUAAACAAUCUCCAUACCAAUGGGAGAAACGACCUCAUGGUGCAGCACCAGAGUCAACUCGGUGGGUUGAAGCCGUAGGUGUCUUUGAUACCGUUGGAUCCCUCGGUGUCCCGGAUGUAGAAGGCUGGUUCAGGUAUACCAUCAACUUCCUGGCUCAAAAAAUCCCUGCCGAGGAAUUUGGCUUCCGAAAUGUCGCACUCAGCCCAUACAUCAAGCACGCGUACCAUGCGAUGGCCCUGGACGAGCACAGGAAGCCGUUCGAUACCACAAUGUGGCAUCUCUAUCCAGGUGACGGCACAGCAAAAACUCAUAAGCCAGUAUCUGAGCUAAAAGAGAGACUGGAAAAGCUUCGCGACACGCAUGGCACUCCUGAAGCCGAGAUUCAGAAAGCUUGGGAAAACCUCGUUGACGCUGAAAUGCACGAAGAGCUCAAAGGCAGCAAUUCGAAGCUGAAGCAAGUCUGGUUCCCUGGCGUCCACAUCAAUAUUGGUGGAGGAAGUGAUGAUGUCUUCAAAGACAAACUAGGCGACUUUGAGCAAAUCUCUACUAUCACGCUCGCUUGGAUGUUAGAGCAACUCAAAGAGCAUCUCGCUUUCGAACUGAACGGCGUAACCCUCUUGAACCAAGAUCGCCUCUUCCUCUUGCAACCCAUCAUCGAAAGUCUCCUCGGCGAUCACGCUAAGUACAAAAACAACUGGCUCGUCAAGAGAAUCGACAACAUACUCGCAAAAGACAGAACUGACCCUUGGAACGACGGCAACAAGACGCGUUCCAAGGUGCUCGCGGCCGAAGCGCUGCAAGGCUGGGGAACGGGACCCAUCGUCGACAGCUUCGAAGGUAAUAUGAAGAAAGCCGGCUCAAAGUACCGCACACCAGGAGAAUACCGUGACGAGAACCCUCCUCAAGGCGCAAUAGGAAAAACGGAGGAGGAGAUCCAUCCCACUGUAUGGUACAGGAUGCAGCAACUAGGCAAUGAGUAUCAGCCCGUACCACUUAAGGGCUUCAAGCGCGAACAGAACAAGAGCGCGGAUGGCAUGAGCUUCGAGUGGGUGAAAGGCAGCUUGCGGAUCCCGGAGUCCAAGAUUGCUGGUAUGCAAAGUAUUGAGAUGGCGUGCCUGGUUGGUGACACGGCGAAGAAGUUCAUGGGUGGCUUGGAAUGGGAGUAUGGUGUUGAUUUGUAG